AUGAACUCGUUAAAACGCUUGAUGAAGGAGUACAAAUCCGUCCAGGACCACCAGUCUGCCAACACACUCCCACCAAAUAUUGUUGAUCUACAGCCCAGUAAACCUUCUCCUGACGCCGAGGUUGACAUGCACCAUUGGGAUUGCACGAUCAGCGGGCCGGAAGACUCUCCUUACGAGGGUGGGACCUGGGUGCUCAAAAUUGAUGUGCCGCCCACUUAUCCCACCCAGCCUCCGAAAAUAUCCUUUGUGACCCAAAUCAUCCAUCCGAACAUCAACUUCGAGACCGGUGAGAUCUGUCUUAGCUUGCUCGACGCCAGUGCCAAGGAUGGAGGCUGGUCUCCCGCGUGGAACCUCCUAAACGCGGCCAUGGCGAUUGUUCUGUUAUUGACGGAUCCGGAGCCCGACAGUCCGUUGAACAUUGAUGCCGCAAACUUGUACAGAUUGGACAAGCGUGCGUAUGAUUCGCUAAUAAACUACUAUGUUCACAAGCUAGCCGGUGGAGUCGGGAGCCAAUCGUGA